AUGGACGCUGAAGGUGACGAUUAUGACAUCGAGGAGGAACUCCUACAAGAAAUCGCCGAUGCUACUACUGAAGACCCAUUUGGUGUCGACAACAUGGACAUUGCCAUGCCCUCCGCUACCGAGCGAAUGCAGAGAGAGGCCGACGAUAUCUUCCGCGCAUCAGCCAUGCGCUCCAUAUCCGGCCCUAGGCGCGAGUUCAACUUUGCCGCUGUUGCCAAGGACCUCUACGGUCAAAUGGGAUAUGCUAAGAUUACCGAGCCGGCGGACAUCAUCCUACCUACUGAAGAGAUCAUUAGCCGACUCUUCAAUGAGGGUGUUGGCGCCGAAGACGACGAGGAAAGGUUGGAGGAGAAUUUGGCCACUGCAGCAGACCGCUUGUCCGAGCAUGUCUGGGAGCCCUACUCGGCUUCUCUUCCCAAGGGCAACCAGGAGCAUGAAGCAAAAGUUGGACCAGGACCCAACGAGCCUGACUUCGAGAAGGCAUCGUGGAUAGCAUCAAUGGUCUUCCGGAUUCACCACACGCCCCUCCUCAGGAACCAAUUUGGCGGGACUCAGGUGGUACCGCUACCCCUGGUGCUGUUCAAAUGGCAAGAUGACUAUCAUGACCCAAGUAGAGAUCAGAUAGAAAGCAUCAAAGGCCAUCGGCCCGCACCUGCUGCUCAUAGCCUGUUCUGGCAAGGAGUUUACAUGUCUCUGAUUCGAGGCAAUGUUCAAGCCGCAGCCUCUCUACUAAGACGAGCAGACUGGGACCAGGUCAAGAAAGGCACACGGGCCGAAAAGGCCUACACUGGUCAAGUUCUACUGAAUAUCAACCGCGUUGUCGAAGACGUCUGCUCAAUCAUGGACAUCUGUCCGGGCAUGAAAGACGAAAACUGGGAUAUCCGCAGCAGCGAUUGGACUCUGUUUCGAAUCAAGGCAAAGGCAGCGAAAGAGAACCUGAUCAAUUUUGCGGAAGGAAAGGAUAGGCCGCAUCGUCCAAAUACUCGUUUUGGCAACCCCGAAGUAUCCAACCCAAGAACUCUUACGGGGCUUGCAAGGAAAGCCGAGAGCCGAUUGCCGUGGGAUAUCUACGAAGCUCUUCAAUCGCUCUACUCAAUUCUCAUUGGCGAAGCCGAAGCCAUUACAGCAGCUGCCCAAGAUUGGUGUGAAGCGACUAUCGGCCUCUUCGGUUGGUGGGAUGAUGGCCACAGCAACCGAAAGCUAGGCAUGUCGUUAUCACGGUCACACUCCUUAGCAGUUCAACCUAGCGGCGACGAUGACUGGCUCGACCGCCUCGCCUUGUCCUUCCGCGCUGCUAUGGACUCCGACUUCCACUUCAACUCGCUCGAUCCCGUUGAAGUAUGCAUUGCUUCUAUUUUCGAGAGCAAUGUAGAGGGUAUCAUUGGUUUCUUGCGGGCCUGGUCACUUCCCAUCGCAUCAGCUGUGGCCGAGAUAGCUUCGCUAGGCUGUUGGCUACCCGUCUCGGAGGCAGACCUCAUUGAUCUGCCGAACAGUUUCAGCCAGGAAGAUCUUGAGGUAUUUGGCCUCGACAGAACCCCAGAAAGGGGAGAUCAAGAUGGCAUUAAAGACGCCACGCUAAACCACUACGCACGCGGCCUAAACGACAUCAAGCAACUCACCGGGCGUAUCACCAAGAAAAAUGGAGUAACAUCCCCGGUCACAAGAGAAGGCUGGGAGUUGGCUGUUCAAGUUGUCGGACGAAUGGAUGACGCCGCCCGCUCCGAGGAGUUGGUUAACGAGCUAUUGCAAAGUAUACUUGACCAGCUUGAGCCUGAUAGUCAAGCAACUGUCAACAAGAUGUGGUCACUUCUCAACGACCUCGGCAUGAUCAACUUCGCCGAGGAUACAGCUGAGCGAUAUGGUGACAUCCUGAGGGAGGAUACCUACAGAUUCGGUGAUAUGCUUUGGUACUAUGCAUUGGCUCACCGGCCUGGCAAGGUUCGAGAUGUGCUUAACGGGCUCAUGUCGAUCUCCCUAGCUGAAUCUACCACGUACCCUCCGGAAAGCGAAUUGGACGAUCGACUUCGAUUGGUUCUCAAGGAGCGUACCGCAACUCUUGAGCAGUUCGCCGUACAGGAUCUUGAAGCUGCAGAGCUGCUUGGUAAGAUGCUCAGCGGAUACGCUACCCUACGAAAAUUCUAUGAACUCAGAGAUGGCAAUGGCAUAGGUAAUUCUCGGUCGCUCACGCGACGGCAGCAAGCUGCAACGGCUUUAUCUUUCGUCGUUGCCAGCGCCGAUGACAAUAUUCGUGGUGGUUUGUAUGACGAUACACGCGAUGCAGUGGUCAGCGAGGACUUUAUUCUAGCUUUACUCGGUGAAGCUUCCGUCUUCGUCAACCAAACACCUACCGUUCUUACCCAAGAUCAGCUCGCUACUCUACUGAAAGCAGUCGAAGAUAUCCAGACUGUCGGCUCCAGAGUUUAUGAUGCAGCAGAUGCGUUCUUUCAGAUUGUCAUGUCUUCUGGUCACGGCAAGGGCUCCACACCAGCUGAUUUAAUUAAGAAGUCGACUGGAUCUCUUGGUGGGAGCUUUGUGAUGACUGGGAGCUCCAUGAUGGCUUCGCAGUUGCACAAGUCCAUUAGGGAAAGUGGUGUUCUCAAAGGUCCUAUUAAGCGAACUUGGGAUUGGCGUACAAAUGUGCUCGCAGGAAGCACCUCGGCAGACGUGCUCAAGAAGAUCAGACUCGGUCUGACGAAGGACAUUGCCAACAUCUGGCUCGAGCAAGCUGACAGCAUCAUUGUGUAA